AUGAGCAACAACACGCACGGCUCUUCCUCUGUUUUGGGCAAGCCCAUCAUAUUUGUCCUCACCCUAGGCGACGAGCAUGCCCAGAUCACUUUCCAGGACUCCCACGCCAGAUUCCUGAACGAGCUCUUCGAGAGAGCGACUGUCUGGCACGCAAGGACAGCCGAGAAGGCAUUUUCUCUCUUUACACAAUGCGCAGAGCCGCACGCCGUGUUUGUGGCCGAUGGAGGGAUCGCUCGUCCAAAGUGCGAGGUCACCUCGCAGAGGCUCGUGCAAUAUGCCUCACGCGGCGGUAUUGUUGUCUUUGGCGGCUCGUUUGCUGCCUCGGGCCCGCAAAGUUUGGACAAGAUCAUGAGGCAAACCUGGGAUUUGCCGUGGGAAAUCAGUUCCGUCCACCGCACCACGGUGUCCCUGAACUCCGACGCAGUCAGCGCGACGCUCAGAGAAAAACUCUCGGCUUCGUAUACACAGAGGGCUGUCUUCAUUCGCGGGAUGGAGCCGUGCGAGGCGUGGUACUUCCCGACGGAACCCCCGGUCAUGGAUGGCUGGGUGCCUGUCAUUAGGCCAGCGGUUGACUCCAAUGAUUCGCCCAUGGUUUUCGCUCAAUACGGGGCUGGACACAUUGGAUUCGUUGGAGAUGUAAAACCUGAAGAUGGCACAAUCGUCGCAAUGCUUGCGAUGCUCGGUUUGUUGGCUGACUAA